CCUUGUGAUUAACUUUGAAGUCAUGAUUUUAGGUUGAAAGGCAUAAGAGAUUUUGAUUAAGAGUACUGAAAUGUUUCAAAGAAAUUAAAAUUGACUACAGUUAUAAAUUUCAGUCAUUAGACUUGCAAGAAUUGUAUGACACUUAGCAAGGCUUGCUGAUUUGAUCAGGCACUUGAAGGAAUUAGGAAAAUAGAAUAUACUUGAGACAGGAGCAAUAAAGCCCCCCCUCACCAAAAGAUGUCCAAGUCAUAAUCCCCAGAACCUGUGGAUAUGUAACCUUACAUGGCAAUGGAGAAUUAAGGCUGCAGAUGGAAUUAAGGUUGCUAAUCAGUUGACUUUAAGAUAGGGAGAUUGACUAAAUUUUAAGGAGGACAGAUUGUCUAAGGGGAUUUAUUUUUUUCAAGCUGGGUUCAUUGAAUAAUCAAAGAAAAAGGGAAGGUGACAAUCCUUAUUUACUAGAUUUUAAAAUAAUAUAAGAUUUAUAAGUUCAGCUUUAAAACUUUAAAUAUUUUAAUAAAAAUAUCACUUUAAAAAACUGCUAAUUGUGUUUUUUUUUUUUUUUUUUUUUGGUAUGCGGGCCUCCCUCUGUUGUGGCCUCUCCCGUUGCGGAGCACAGGCUCCGGACGCGCAGGCUCAGCGGCCAUGGCUCACGGGCCCAGCCGCUCCGCGGCAUGUGGGAUCCUCCCAGACCGGGGCGCGAACCCGGUUCCCCUGCAUCGGCAGGCGGACGCGCAACCACUGCGCCACCAGGGAAGCCCUAAUUGUGUUUUUUGAAUACAGAUUCUGAUCAUGAAUAUUUUUUAAAACUUACACCAUGAUUAUUUACUAUGUUUUUAAAUAAUAAUUUUUGCUGGAAUCAUUGACAUUAUAGAGUGGCCAUUUAAAUUUUACCAUGUGACAAUGUGACAUUUCAGUCCUAGGCAUGUUUGAUUCAGUUCAGCAGACAUUGAUUGAAGGCUAACUGUGAUCCAGGCUCUCACAGUUCUUGCCCUAAAGAAGCUGACAAGGGAAGACACAUGGGAGGGGAGUUUCCCUGGAACACAUUAAGGGCCAUGCUACGUUUUCUUUUUCUUUUUCUUUUUUUUUCUGAAUAUAUAUACAUAUAUCUUUUAUUUAUUUUUUGAAACAUCUUUAUUGGAGUAUAAUUGCUUUACAAUGGUGUGUUAGUUUCUGCUUUAUAACAAAGUGAAUCAGCUAUGCAUAUACAUAUUUCCCCAUAUCUCCUCCCUCUUGCGUUUUGAAGUAUUUCUAUUAUGCCUCAGUCAUUGCCUCAUAUGAGUUCAUUCCUGGUUAACUACUAUUGCCUUUACCCUUUCCUUUUGUUUUAUCAAAUGCCUUAGUUUUUUCCUCAGUUUUGGAAUUACAUUCAUAUGUUUUUUCUCUGCAGCUUUUUGAUUGCAGACUGUAAGAGGAUAGUUGAAACAAUAGAGACAGUUAAGUACUCUUCCUAUUCUAUCCCCUUCAACUUGUGGUAAGAUGUGAUGGUGACAACUGGUAGCAUUUCCCCUCUAAGUUCAGGAAGCCUAGAAGCAGGAUCUCCAAGUGCCGAACACUAUGGGGUCAACAGCUAAUUGUCAAGAGUCUGAUGGGGCCUUUCCUGGGAGAAACUACUUCAGCAAAACUUAGCAAACAGCUCCUGGGCUCCUCGGUGGACAGAGCUGUUUUCUGUAAGGAAGAUGUAUUGUCAGGGUUGACCAAGUACCAUUCUGCUUUUGAUGAAGCAGAUGAGAUGGGCUGGCUUCCUCUCCAUAAGGCUGCAGUGCAAUUAAAUAAGAACAUUUUGGAAAUAACCCUGAAAGCUUCAAAACCCAGUGUGUGGGAGCAAACCACCCACAAUGGUGAAACACCACUUUUUUUGGCUGUCAGCAAUUGCCUCUUAGAAAAUGUCCGUUUUCUUCUUCUCAAUGGCUGCAAUCCAAAUGCCAAGAAUGUUGAAGGCAAUUCUCCUCUUCUUACAGCUGUUCUACAGGACACCUACAAUAUGGCCGCCUUGCUGAUCAGCCAUGGAGCAGAUGUCAAUCUGCGGUGUGCCAACGAGAGGACAGCUCUCCACGAAGCAGCCAGACUGGGCAGAUGGGACACAGUGAAGCUCCUGCUGGCUUCUGGGGCACACCCUGACCCAAAGAGCUCCUACGGAUUCACUCCUCUUGCCCUUGCUGCCCAAAGUGGACACACUAAAAUCAUGGAACUAUUACUGCAGAAAGGAGCUAAUGCUCUUGGUCAGGCCUCUGAUUCUUCUUCCAUCUUACUUGAAGCAGCUAGUGGAGGAAAUCCAGACUCUGUGACUCUCUUGCUAGAGUAUGGAGCUGAUGCCAACAUCCCUAAGAAUUCAGGCCACCUGCCCAUUCAUGUGGCAGCUGACAGAGGCCACUUGUUAGCUCUAAAGAUUUUGGUUCCAGUGACGGAUGUUGCUGCCAUUAAGCGGAGUGGCAUCAGUCCAGUUCACUGUGCAGCAGCAGGAGCACACCCCAAAUGCCUGGAACUUCUCAUCCAGGAUGGAUUUGAUGUAAAUUUCAUGCUAGAUCAGAGAAUUCGCAAACACUACGAUGACCACAGGAAGUCAGCUUUGUAUUUUGCUGUAUCAAAUUGUGACCUCUCUUCAGUUAAGCUGCUUCUGAGUGCUGGAGCUCUGCCUAAUCAAGAUCCAGUUAACUGCCUCCAGAUAGCCCUACGGAUGGGCAACUAUGAGCUGAUAAGCCUGCUGCUACGGCACGGGGCCAACGUUAAUUACUUCUGCAAAGUCAACCCUUUACAUUUCCCAUCAGCACUUCAAUACGCGCUAAAAGAUGAAGUCAUGCUCAGGAUGCUGUUGAAUUAUGGGUAUGACACAGAGCGAUGCUUUGAUUGUCCUCAUGGAGACAAAGUUCAUCCUUUCUAUAGUUUUGAAGGCUGGACAUCUACAGUUAUCAAAGAUACUAUGUUCUGCGAAGUAAUAACUUUGUCAUGGCUGCAACAUCUCUCUGGAAAGGUUGUUCGAGUGAUGCUUGAUUAUGUUGAUCAAGUUAGGAUCUGUUCAAAGUUGAAAGCUGUGCUCCAGAAACAGAGGCUCUGGUCAGAAAUCCAUUUUAUCUUGACAAACCCUCGCUCCCUGAAACAUUUGUGCCGCCUCAAGAUCCGGAAGUGUAUGGGACGUUUACAUUUGCGCUGCCCCAUCUUCAUGUCAUUUCUUCCGUUACCCAAUCGUCUAAAGGCAUAUGUCCUUUACAAAGAAUAUGACCUUUAUGAACAAGGAAUUUUCACGGGAACCUGGUAAUCAAACUAUUCUGGAUGAAAAGGACAACAAACUGCCCCUCACUACUGGCUUGGUUUGGUCUACUGGAAGCAGCUAUCAACCGACUUUGUUCUUCUAAGUCCUAGU